GAAGAUAAGACAACGCAGACAAACUAAAUUCGCUACGUCGUAACUGGAGUAUUUUGUAAUUUUCAUUGUUUUUCACAAAUAUCAAGUUGCAAAUGGCUUGAAAACGAGUGAUACAAUUGCCGUGCUAUAUACUUUCAUGUUCCGAAGUACCCAAGUAUUAGUGGAGUUUCGUCAACAUGGCUCGCACAGUCCUGUUGUUUUGUUUAGUUAUCUUCGUUAGCACAGUUGCGCCGUGCAAGGUGUCGUUGACGAAUAAUGGGCCGGCGGUGCGUGGUUCGAACAUCACGUUCACGGCGACCUUGUCGCAGAGUUGUAUAGGGGAAAACCUGAAGUAUGUGUUUAUGGACAGCAGUGGUUACACUAACGAUGCUGAGUUCAUGUCCACAACUGGUGUUGUAAACUGGACCGUUGAGUACAAACGGAAUCUGUUUGUCGCUCGCCAGUACACAGCAGAAGUCCAUAUCAAAAGGCUUUACAAUAUCAUCAACAUGUACAUUGAGAUUGCAAGAGCGAGCACUGACUUCACUCUUACAGGUAAAUUAAUUAAUUAUGUUAGUUUUUAUCCAACUUCUAUUUCAAGUAUUUGGUUGUGGCUUGUGGUUUUUUUAGGGUUCCGUACCCAAAGGGUAAAAACGGGACCCUAUUACUAAGACUCCGCUGUC